GGAACUUAUCAAUUGGGGUUUAUUUUCACAAGGCGAAGUGAUCCACAAGACACAUGCAUGAAAGAACAUUCAUGAGCAAUCCAGUCAUUGGCUUCGAAAGGUGGCCGGGGAACAGCACUGUUCACGAGUCGGUACCCUGUAAUGAGGGGAGAGGGUAUUAUUAUUACCAAUUAUUUCCCGAUGUAUCAACUUAGGCAGAGACCCAGGGAAAUACUGGCCCUAAACUUGAAAGGCGUUUGUUGAAUGCUAGCCUGGGUCUUCUCUGCAGGAGAUUGUUGACGGUUCUAGAUUGAUUGCAUGUCGUUGAACCCACUCCUACGAAUAGUUUACCGCACUACUCCGUACUACCCGUGAUACUGUAUUACGCAGUCGACUACGGAGCACUCCGUACAGAAUAGUCAUUGUAAUAGCCAACUACUCAAGUAGUCCCACUAACCGUCCCAAUGAGGAAAAUGUUCAACCCUCGCAUAUUAAUUCCUUAGCUUUAAAUGCCUGCAUUACUUCCUACACUUCAACUCAACCCCACUACCUUUGUAACGGUUUACAGUUCGCUGCAGAUAUCCUUCAUUUCUUGUUUCUUCACCUCUUAGUCGUACUUUGCAUCCGUGGAAGAAGGAGGGGGAAAGCUACCAUAGCCAAGACGAACGAGAUGUCAGAAGCCACUCCCUCCCCCGCACAAGGCGUUGGCCCCAUCUACAGACCCGAUGGCGAAAAGCCCACAGCGACAGUAUCAAAGGACAUAUUUUACGAGAAUGUCCACGUUUUACCUCAGUCCCCUCAGCUGAUCGCUCUUUUGACCAUGAUCAGAGAUAGAAGGACUAGCCGUGCCGAUUUCAUCUUCUACUCGAACAGGAUCAUACGCCUCCUUGUAGAGGAGGGGCUCAAUCACCUGCCAGUGGUUGAACAAUCGGUCACGACACCUGUAGGUCGCGUCUAUCUCGGAGUGCGGUUCGAAGGGAAAAUAUGUGGUGUUUCCAUCAUGAGAGCAGGAGAGGCAAUGGAGCAGGGUUUGAGAGAUUGUUGUCGUUCUGUGCGAAUUGGGAAAAUCCUUAUACAGAGGGACGAGGAAACCUGCAAGCCAAAACUGUUCUAUGAAAAGCUCCCUGGCGACAUCGCAAAUCGAUGGGUUCUUCUUCUUGAUCCUAUGUUUGCAACAGGGGGCUCGGCAACACUCGCUGUUGAGGUCUUGAAAGCAAAGGGGGUCCCUGAGGACCGCAUUCUGUUUCUUAACCUUAUCGCAAGCCCUUCAGGUGUUGCAGAUUUCGCAGAACGCUUUCCCAAACUCAGGGUAGUGACUGCUUUCAUAGAUCAAGGCCUAGAUGACAAAAAAUACAUAAUACCAGGGCUUGGUGACUUCGGCGACCGCUAUUACACGCUGUAGCCAUUCCAACGAAAAUUGUGGCUUCAGAAACCACUAUGG